AUGGGGAUCGCCCUGGGAGGCCUGGCCUUGGGCGUGCUCAUCGGGGCCCCCUUCGGCAGCGUCAUGUACGAAUUCGUCGGGAAAUCGUCCCCCUUUCUGAUCCUGGCAUUCUUAGCCCUGCUGGACGGAGCUUUACAGUUGUGCAUACUGCAGCCCUCCCGGGUCUCCCCCGAGAGCAGCAGGGGCACCCCGCUGCUCACCCUGCUGCGGGACCCCUACAUCCUGGUGGCCGCAGGAGCCCUGUGCUUCGCCAACGCAGGGGUGGCCAUGCUGGAGCCCACGCUGCCCAUCUGGAUGAUGCAGAGCAUGUGCUCCCCGAGGUGGCAGCUCGGGAUGGCGUUCCUUCCUGCCAGCGUAUCCUACCUCAUCGGCACCAACCUCUUUGGGGCCCUGGCGCACAGGAUGGGGCGGUGGCUCUGCGCCCUUGUCGGGAUGGUGCUGGUGGGAAUCAGCCUGCUCUGCGUGCCUCUGGCCACGACCAUCUACGGGCUGAUUGCCCCCAAUGGCGGGCUCGGCUUCGCCAUAGCUCUCCCGAAAAAGGUGGACUCCUCCAUGAUGCCCAUCAUGGGCUACCUGGUGGACCUGCGCCACACGUCGGUGUACGGCAGCGUCUACGCCAUCGCCGACGUCGCCUUCUGCGUCGGCUUCGCGCUCGGUCCGUCUGCAGGAGGUGCGAUUGUCCGCGCUAUCGGAUUUCCUUGGCUGAUGGUCAUCAUAGGAGUCAUCAACAUCACCUACGCGCCUCUGUGCUGGUGCCUGCGCAGCCCUCCGGCUAAAGAGGAGAAGAUUGUGAGUUUAAAGCAGGAAUGCCCCAUGCGAACCAAAAGUCACCCCACGCGGAGGGAUUUCCCUCUCACCGACGGCAGCGACGGGGAGGCAGGAAACGCAGAAUAG